CACCCCUGUCACACCCAGCUGUUUCAUGCCGAAGACCACCCCGACACCGGUGACCGUUCAUGGCGGAGCGCGGCCUAGGAUCCUUGGAAUCCUGGUGCCGUCCAAAAUCAAGCACGCCACACGCUACAGGUCACCCGCCACCGGCCAAGCGUGCCCGGUGGACGGCGCGUGCCGGCGCGGCGGACGCCGCGCACGCUGAUGCCUGUGCGACGCACGGUGUCACCAUCUCGGACCACGGUGAGAAAGUCACUUGGUCAGGAUAUUGGGAUGAGCGUCAAAAGAAGCUGGACUCGCAAAUCGUGGACGCCGGCCUCUUUGGCGCCGUCUCCUCACGGCUCUCGCCCGAGGGGCAGCAGGUGAAGUCCGAUCUUUUCCAGCAUUGCUGCAUCUACUUUGAUGGCCGCGUGGAUGUGGGAGGUGGUUUGUCCGCCUACGCCUUGAGCAAGCUGGCACGGCUGCAUGGCGCCACGGUGAUCCCGCGCCUCAGCAAGCGUCAGGUGACGCACGUGGUGUGCUCGCAGCUCAGUGGAGCCAAAGAGCGUCAUGCCAUGAAGGAUGCCACCAGCAGCUUGGCCUGCGUGCAGUAUAUCGUGCACCCCACGUGGCUCACCGAGUCCCUGGCGGCCCAGCGGCGCUUCUCGUUGAUGGCCGAGAUCUCCCGAGGAUUUGGCUUGAGCCUCUUGCAACCAAAGCCGCAAGAGCAGAUGUCGCGCGAAGCCGAGAAGGUGAUCGAGCUGUCCAGCUCCGCCGAGGCUCCAUCUUCACAGCCGCCUCCCACCGCCUUGGAUAGCGACACAGAAACCGAAUUAGAUAGUGAGGCGCCCAGCGCCGAAUUCGUGGCAGACUCUCCUGAGCUGUCCCCUUCUUAGCUGUGCUUAAAAGGAACCAAUCGGGGCAUGGAAGCACUUGUAUGCAUGUGCCUA